CAUAAUUUCGGGUUAUGCGAGUUGGGGUGUUACAGAUAGAGGUUCACCAGACACCGAAGUUGUGAGAGGCUCACUCGAUGCCCUUGCUCACUAAACGCUGGAGGCUUGCUAGACGCCCUGGCUCAUUGGGCGACGGACGACCUCUAGACAUUGGACAUCAGAGGCUCACUAGAUGCUGGAGGCUUGUUGGAUACCGAAGGGUUUCUUCAAACGAAACCAGCAGUGCCGCCCUCACUCUUGGCUAUGAACAAGUGGCAACUGUGUAUCUUGGUGGAACAACCGGAACUUGGGAUGCCCCUUGCUUUCUGCAGAACUCUGCUCGAGUAGCUAUUUCUGUACUUCCCUGGGCACCCACACAGUACUAUGGCCACGUUUAUAUCACGCCUCAUUAUGGAAGAUGUUGGACAUGCCGAGAUGAUUACCAGAUAAAAUUGGGGGAUACAAUCAAGUCAACCGGCAGUACUUAUUUUGGUUCUAAGGAGGCUUUAUUCUCGUUCUACAUCUACGGUAACGAUGAAAAGAAAAAACUCGAGAACGAAGGAAUGAAGAUUUUCGUGGAUAAGAAUGCAGCUUGUAAUGGUGUUUCGAGGAAGACAAUGAAGAAUCCAUUUGGAGAUAUGGAAUUUGUUGCAAUGAAUUGAAACACGAUAAUGUGCUGGAUUAAGCCUUGAUUGUUUGAUGCAUUAUUAUAAUAUUACAAUAAAAAAGCAAUACCUUUAUC